AUGUCUCCUGAUUUGCCCGCGCAGUUCAUCACAUCACCCUAUGCAGACAGCUUUGUGAAGGUUCUGUUAAAAGGAAAGUCGAUCACGUGGAUUCAUAGAGGAGUCGUCCCAGACAAUGUUCUAUCCAACAAGAGUACGCACGAACUUGGACCCAAGUCAGCUUCGCCCAUUUUGGAUAUGCAGAACAUUGGGAAUGACAUAGCCCAUGUGAUCUUGCAUUACUUUUACACCAAACAGUAUGACUGCAUCAAACCCUCGGGCACAUCUGCCGAUAUUGCGAAGGGAUAUGAGCUCCGGGUGUCGCUGCAGGUCAUUGAAGCUGCUAGAAAGAAGCAACUGUUUACUUUGGUGGACUUGGCCAAGGAACAGUGCGCGCGCCUAUGUCAUGAAAUGGAUCUCUUGAAUCUUGUUGCCAUCUUGGGGAAGAUGAACAUCGACUACGAUAACUUCCCCGAACUUACGAAACAUAUCGCAUUUCACCUUGAAAAAGUGCUCGCAAACCCUCACAGCCAAUUUGCUAGCGACCUCCUACACCGGGCUACUUCAAACAGCAUCACAGACAUGCUUAUUCGCAAGUUGGUCAUGGUUGCCCGAGAUGAGCCAAAAAGUGAACCCAAAGCGAAGCCCAAACCCGAGAAUGAAGCCCGAGACUUGCCUGUCUGUCCUUCAACAUCCUAUACCUCUACGGUGGAGCGUGGCACUGCAAAACCUGAAUGGCAGCGAUUUCCAUACAAGCGUCGAACUCAAGAUCUUCAGCAACUUCUCAAUAGCCCGCAGCCUAACGACAAAGGUAAGGGACGAGAUGUCCCCAAAUCGACACCCGCAAUACCAGUUUCUCACUUUGAGUCUCGUGGUGCAAAGGGACAAAAGGAAGCUCAAUCUGGGCCUUCAAGGAAGGCAAACCCUCCUACCACUAAACUUGAGAGUUCCAUCGCAAGUAUGAAGGACUUUGUUGCGGCUGAGAAAUCAUCGGCUGCUGACUGGCAGGUACCGAAACCCGAGGCCGAGAAAUCCGAAACCUCAGAGAGCGACCGAGAGCCUACUAUCGCCGUUGUUUCUGACGAUGAGGGAGUGCUUGUCGAGUCAAGUCCUGAACCUAACAUGACACCAAGCCCGGCGGGAUCGGGCAGCACAAACAGCAUGGAUCACUUCUUGCUGUACGACCGCUGGUAA